CUCGCUUCUACAUUUCUCUUUUGUAUAAGAGAUGCAGCUUCGUCAGUAUGUUGCGUCCUCUAAGUAGGUCUGAAAUUGAUGAGAUCGACGAUACUACCAACGAUAUCAUUGGGCGCUCGCGGGCCUUGCUCAAUAUACAUGGUCUAGUAGCGAACCAUCCGGCGCUUUUAAAAGCGUACUGGCCCCUGAGGGAACACGUCGUUAACUCCAACAGCCUGCCACCGAGAUGCCAUGAACUUCUCAUCCUGCGGAUUGCGUUUCGAAUGGAUUGUGCGUACGAGUGGGAGCAUCAUGUUAUUCGAGGGAAGAAGGUGGGAAUCACGCAGCAAGAAUUAGAUGAAAUACGGAAGAUAGACGGCAGCUGGCGUUGUACGACGGAUGAACUAAUGGUUAUGUGCGCUGAUGAGUUGUUUGAUAAAACUGCCCUAGGAAAAGAGACGACAGAGACUCUGAAUAGUUACGGAAAAAAGGGAAUCCUCGAUGCUAUCAUGACCGUUAAUAUAUAUCGCACUCUCGCCAAUAUGCUACUUACUUUUGAAGUGAACGCAGAUGAUUUAGCUUUAGAGCAUUAACAUGAAAACUGCUGUUUGUAUAGAACUCUGACUUCGGUACGAUAGGGCCGCUCGGCGAUAAAUCACAGCACGCCGUUGCAGCACUCAUCAACGCUUCGACGACUUGGAUAGAAUAAAUCGUAUGUGCUGGAAGUACAGCGCGGGGCAGUGUUUUCAGCCAUAUAUGGACAAGUAGGACUUCCCCAGCAUCCGCGGUAUAUUCAACAGAAAUGCAGUGCAAGGCGUGGCAUUGAGAAGUAGCCGAGUCAUUACUCAAAAAUAUGCUAUCGUCCCGUAUAGUGGUCGUGAAGUAUCAGCUCGCCGUUGGUGGGCAGUGCACCACCAUGCAUCGUUCGUCUGUGUGAUGCGCAGCAGCAUUUUUUUACGAGACCACAGCUGGAUAUGAAUCCAGCAACGCACACUUCAAAGCUCGCUAUUACGACACCUACACCUCGUCGCGCUGUUAGAAACGGAACAACACAUUAAAUAGUGUAUAGGAACACUUAACGCAAGUAUUUAAUUAUCUUUAAAUUCUCUUAUUCAACUCUACUUUCAAAGUCGAAAUGCGUUCUACUUUUGCGACUCAACCCCAGCGGCGGACAGAGCCAUCACUACCACAAGUGUAGAGGAAAUCAUCGUGGUACCUGACCUCGCUGACCCCUAAGUCACUGCCCAUGCUCAGGAAUGAGCGUUCUCGUUUGUGCGCAUUCAUAACAUUCAUUUGUUCGUGCGUGUCCAUGUCCCAUAUUCGCACGGUACCGUCAGCGCUUCCCGUGAAGAUCGUUUGUUCACUUUUGUCCACUGCGAUGCUGGUAAUUGGUCCAUCAUGUGCGUUAAAGCGAUGUAGGAUUCGACGCUGACGUAUGUCAAAGAGCGUCAAGUCACCUCUCUUUCCCCCAGACAGCAGAGCCUGUUG